UACACUGUUCAAUAUGAAUACAAAAGAAACUGAUGAGCAGCAAAAAAUGCGGUUCCAAAUCGAACUAGAGUUCGUGCAGUGUCUGGCGAAUCCCAAUUAUUUAAACUUUCUGGCCCAGAGAGGCUUUUUCAAAGAUAAAAGUUUUUGUAACUACUUGUCAUAUCUUCAGUAUUGGAGCCGACCAGAAUACGCAAAAUUCAUCAAGUAUCCAAUGUGUUUAUAUUUUUUGGAGCUUCUACAGUAUGAGCACUUUCGAAGGGAGAUCGCUAGUGGACAGUGUGCGAAGUUCAUUGAAGAUCAACAAUUGUUACAUUGGCAACAUUACACGAGAAAACGAGCUAGGUUACUUCAGCAGUGCCAGGAUCCGAAGGAUAUCGGGGGCACUAGCUCGGGUCUCGCUAGCAACGGCAGCGCUUCGCAUACGGGCACCGCCGUUGCGUGUCCUGGAAAUACGGGAAAUCAGGUUCAGGCAACACCUUCAACCGGAGCGAACAACAUACCGUCCAUGCACAUUAAGUAAGGUUCCGAGACUCGAGUGGUUAACGUGAGAUGUCUAUUUAUAUGCUAGUAAGUACGCGUUAGAAACAGGCGUACGUGUUUGUAUAUAUGAAGAAAUAAAAUGUAAAUAUUUCGUAUGAAAGCGAAAGUAAUAAAAAAGUGCAAGAAUGUAAAUACACAACUAUGUCAGU